UUUCCCCUCCUCUCCUCUCCACUUCCAGCUGUUUUUGGCUCCGAACAGCAGGAGCGGAGGGGAAGUUCUCCACCAAUUGUCUGGGUCCUGAGAGGAGCUUGUUGGUCGGAUCCCACCCUCCUUCUGUCUCUCUCCUCUCCCCUCCCCUCCCGUCCCGCUCGCUCUCUUCUCCCUCCUCGCCGUUCGUCUCUCCUCCCCCUGUUGUGAGAGAGCACACCUGCUUGAUUUUGGCUGCACGCUCUCCGAUUCAAACAACCCCACAGGCCCCGUCAGCCACUUCGUACUCUCAUCCGCCCACUUGACAGGAUUUUGGAAGUCAAGCUCAUCUCACCGGCUUCUACUCUUCUUGCCUGGCUUCCACUGAGAACAGGCUCCCUGCGAGCAGCACCAUGCGGACCGCCUGCCUCUCCCUGCUUCUGGUCACUGCCUGCUGGGCUCUGCCAUUCCAUCAAACCGGCUUCCUAGACUUUAUGAUGGAGGACGACGCUGGAUCGGGGGUUGAUCCAAUCGGGCCCAUCCCCCCUAAUGGCCCUGCAGGACCGAAGUGCCCAUUCAGAUGCCAGUGUCACCUUCGUGUGAUCCAGUGCUCUGACCUUGGUCUAAAGGAAGUUCCUGCUGACAUUCCUGAUGAUGCCACUUUGCUGGACCUGCAGAACAACAAGAUCACCGAGAUCAAAGAGAGCGAUUUCAAGCACCUGAAAGGAUUACACGCUCUCUUCCUCGUGAACAACAAGAUCACCACCAUCCACCCUAAAGCGUUCAGCCCUCUGACCAAGCUGCAGCGGCUCUACCUGUCCAAGAACAUGCUGAAGGAGAUGCCGGCCAACAUGCCCAAGAGCCUGCAGGAGCUUCGCAUCCACGAGAAUCAGAUCACCAAGAUCAAAAAGGCCUCCUUCCAGGGGAUGUCCCAGGUCAUCGUGAUGGAACUUGGGUCCAACCCUCUGAAGAGCGCAGGAGUUGAAGCUGGUGCCUUCGCUGACCUGAAGAGGGUCUCCUACAUCCGCAUUGCAGACACUAACAUCACAGAGAUUCCUAAAGGUCUUCCUAGCUCUCUGUCUGAGCUUCACUUGGAUGCAAACAAGAUCACCAAGGUGACAUCCAGCUCCCUGAAAGGCCUGAAGAAUCUGGCCAAGCUCGGCCUGAGCUACAAUGAGAUCAGCACUGUGGAAAACGGCAGCCUAGCUAACAUGCCACAUCUGAGAGAGCUGCACUUGGAUAACAACGCUCUGACCAGCGUUCCUCCUGGCCUGCCUGACCAUAAAUACAUCCAGGUGGUCUACCUCCACGCCAACAAGAUUGGCGCUGUGGGAACGGAGGACUUCUGCCCCCCUGGCUUCAACACCAAGAAGGCCAUGUACUCGGGUAUCAGCCUGUUCAGCAACCCGGUACCCUACUGGGAAGUUCAGCCAAUCACCUUCCGCUGCGUCUUCGACCGCUCUGCUAUUCAGCUCGGAAACUACAGGAAGAAGUAGAGCCGAGCUCCUCCGCGAGCAAGAAUGUGUUUAUAGAUGAGAGCGUGAACGUUUUGCAAGUGUGUGUUAGACCAUAACCCCACAACACUGACUCCCACCACUUCUCCUUUCCACCACUGCCAGCGUACAAAUUAUGACGUAUUAAUCUACACUCUGCUUUCCAAAGCUCUAGCAGACAUGGACCUUAAACACAACAUUCCUCUCUCAAUAUUUAGCUUCAAGGUUUGUGGAGCGGUCAUACACACGGCUCAUAGUAAACACUCGCACAUCUCGGUGGGACUCACACACAACAUAUCAUUCAUGGAACUAGUUAAGCAAUUCAUUUCUUUGAUUUUACGUUUUUUUUUGCAUAUGUGUUUCAGCGCAUUAAUUUGCAAAUGUUAAUUAAUUCAGUGGUUCAACACAGAGACGAACCCAGACCAAAAAGACGCCUCGCUCUGGGGGAGCGAUGUCACAAAUCCCACUCAGUUCACCUUUGUCUUCCUCUAUUCAUUAUACAGCUGGCCUGCAGAGCAGGCAGCAAGAGCAACCUGUGUUUUAAACGACCAAUAACAGCUGAUUUUUUUUUAUUAUUAUUAUUUGGUAUGUACUAGCUAAUGCCUGUGUAAUAUGAAUGGCUUCCAGAGUGUAACAUCAACAAACUGCACAGAACUCAGCUCUCCAUUUGUCUUGUAUUUACUUAAAAAUAGAGAUAAAAGCAACCGUGUCUUGUUCUACAUUGUGAUUUCUUUUGCUUACAGCAGUGUAGUUUUUACAUGUUCAUCAUAUUCCAUCUUCUGUUUCUCUCCCCAGCGUUUUCCUCAACACGAGUUGAAAAUGGCUUCCGAAAGUUAGAAUAAACAAUAUAUGUCUUGAAGAGAUGAUGUCACUUCCAAAGAUUAUAUGCAUGCUCUUAAUUUUUACCUUUCGACUUGAACCAAGUGCUUUUGAAGUCAUUUGUUAAUGCGCUUAUGUGUUUCCCUAUUUCCUUUUUCUUUUUUUUCCUACUUGUCCUUUCUCUCUUCAACCGUCAUGAAAAAUUGGAGGGUGCGUCCAAAGCGCCCACGUUGGUGUGAAUGUUGUAUGUAUAGACGCUGUAUAUAAAUGUUGUAUAAAAACCUCUCAAUGCUUAAAGGCACAAGGCACUUACCUUAGCUCAGACUUAAUAUAUCAGCAGGAAAGGUGUUUCUCUUUUUUUUUCCCGGGGUGGGGGCUCCAGCUAAGGUGUCCUAAACAAAAUAAAAGUACUAAUAAAAAUGUAGCAUUUCUGUUUA